CAAUGGCCAACUCAUUGUUCCAGUCUUCUCAGGACUAUUGCGCUCUAAUUCGUCGUUUGAACGACACUUCACCUGGAUACAAAGGACUCGAUGAUUUUGUGAACAUUAAGAAGGAUACUUGUGGAAGCGCCCCAAAAUUCACGAUCCUUAUAGCCAACACAAACGAAUCUCAGGAGUCCGGCCAAUCCAGCAUCAACCGCCGAGAUUUCGAGGGUACCACAAAGUUGGCCGAAUACCUUCCUCACCUACAAGACCAAAAUGAAGCCUGCAACAUCUUUCUGGUUGAAAAUGUCUGCCCAGAGACUAUUGCUCUCUUAGGUGGGUUUUUUGACAUCAAUCCGCAGUUCUUCGCGGACCACGUAAAGAAUGGAGAUUGGUUCAAGGAUGGAAAUUUGAUGGACUUACUUCCUGCCCUGCCCUCGAGCCAGAAGUGGCAUGACUUCUUGCAAAUACGAUUUGUUCAAAGCCUCGCAAUCUCCAAUAAAUCUCUUUCCGUCAACUCAACAUCGAAAUGUGGGCCCCAAGCUGGCGCAGAUGUCACGCAAGACCCUUCCCUGGAUUAUCUAGUCCCUGACGAGAGCAUUACGAGACUACCUCGAAAGGCUGGAAAAUUGAACCUACUGGAACGAGGUGAUGAGAGGCCGGAAUUCCUUCUCUGUACGAAGCAGAAUAUUGCGGUUUGGUUUGGGAAAAGGAGUUCUCAGUCUAAAGGCUGGAGUGCCAUUUUCCUCAUUGACGCCCCGUUCAAGCUCCCUCCAGGUACAGGAUUCUGCGGACCUCCAGUAUACCGCAGCUUCAUGCGCCGUCCGACAUUGGCUAAUCCAUCUAUCAAUGACAUCGGUCCACACGCAACGAACCGCGAAGCCCUUAUCCGCCAUCUCAAAGAACGUCUUUCGACAGACUCGCACCGCCGCUUAGCCCGCUCAGACUGUUUCUUCGUCCUCGGUGAUCUUUAUCAGCUGGCGGCCUCGAACUGGAUCGUGAUCAACGAAUAUGUCAACCGAGAUAUCACAACCAUCGAAUACAAGCUCGAAAGAGAGGAGCAUGGGUUUCGAGAUCUCGAAGCUUAUCUGAAGGAGUUGUUCAUCCACCGCCGUCGGGUCACACUCUACAUUGAGCUCAUCGACGAGACCAAAGAACAAUGUGUGAAACGGGGACCUCAAGCCUGGCCACGAGAUCCAACUUCGUUGCUUGGUGCCGAGCAGGCUCGCGACUGGGAGGAUGAUUUCGUGAAUCUUCAUGCUUGGUUUCACGCUACGUCUCAGAGGAUAGAGAAGAUCAUCCGGCUCCUCACGGCUUUGGUGGAGAUUGGAGAGGGGAAGCAGGGUCUUGUCGAGAAUCAUGGGAUUGCUAGGCUUAGUCUGUUGGCCAUGGUGUUUCUGCCAUUCUCUUCGGUGGCAACGAUCCUGGGUAUUCAAGGCAGUUUCGCGCCAGGAAAAGGCAAAUUCUGGCUCUUUUGGGUUGUGGGUAUUGCCUUAACGACAUUCGUUGUUGGAAUCUUCUUGCUUUAUGAUCGGAUUGUGCAGCGCCUGAAAGCACAGUUUCCUAUGUCGGCGAAGAUAGGGCCUAAGAGGAAGAGGAAUCCUGGAACUCAAGACCAUGAGAAGGGGCUAUGGGAUUUGAAUUCGUAACUAUUGUUUCUUCAUACUCGAGAACCGACUUUUGUCAAUUACUCUUGGACUUGGUGUUGCUUUCGUACUUGGUCAAAAAUGUACUCAAAGCAGAGUGGGGGCGAAACAGUACAAUGUUUUCGAGGGCGAGUAUGUCUGAGAAAAGCCUGAGCAACUCCGGCACACACGGAGAAAACCUGAGCGUUCACCUGGAGGCUAUCUAUUUUUAUUUUUUUAUUAUUUUUAUUUUAGCACUCAAGGGUACCGUUUUGGCUCUCUUAAGGUAUGGUGACAAGUCUUCGUCUUGCUUUAAUCGCAUAUUCUCUUUUGGCUCCGAUUGGUCCGGGGGACACAACCAUACUUGCCGAAAAU